UUUAACAGAUGGAAACAUUAACUCUAGACACCCCUCACAACUCCCUUUUUUUCCUUUUUUAAGGCGGGCAGUCUGAACUCUGCUCCUCCGUCAGACUCCGUCGAGUCUCUUUCCACCAGGUCGGUUUAACAAUGGAGCAGGGCGCGCAGAAGGGCAGUCCUGUGACGCUGGUGCUCAUGGUUGCUUCUGCAGCCAUUGGAGGAACUCUACAGUAUGGCUACAACCUGGCCAUCAUGAACGCUCCUACUGUUUUUAUUCAAACGUUCAUCAAUGAAACAUUUCUGGAGCGCUGGGACAUCCAGUUGGAAGAUUACCAGGUGACCGUGGUGUGGACAAUCAUUGUUUCCAUCUUCUCCUUGGGAGGCUUUGCUGGAGCUCUGAUUGCUGGACCUAUGACCAUACGCUACGGAAGGAAGAAAUGCUUGCUGCUGAACAACGUUUUCCUCAUGUCGGGGGCUCUCUUGGCGUUGACGAGCAGAGCCGCCAAGUCAUUUGAGAUGAUCAUCAUCUCUCGAGUUCUUAUCGGCAUAAACGCCGGAAUCAGCAUGAACGUACAGCCCAUGUACUUUGGAGAAAGUGCACCGAAGCAUUUGAGAGGGGCGAUCGCCCUGUCCUCUGCUGUCUUCACGGCGUUUGGGGUUGUGUUGGGACAGGUGGUCGGGCUCAGAGAGAUUUUGGGCAGUGAGUCGUGCUGGCAGUAUCUUCUAGCCAGUAAUGCCAUUCCUGGCUUCAUUCAGCUGGUCACCCUGCCGUGGUUCCCGGAGAGCCCCAGAUACCUGCUCAUUGACAGAGGGGACGAGAAGGCCUGUAUCGAUGCUCUGAGACGGCUGCGGGGCUGCGAGGUCCAGAGCAGCGAGCUUGACGAGAUCCUGCAGGAACAGGCGGAAAUCAGAGGAAUGAGACCCAGCCGACCGUGGGAUCUGUUCACCGACCGCUCCGUCCGCUGGCAGCUCAUUUCUGUCAUCGUCAUCAGCAGUGCCAUGCAGCUCUGCGGCAAUGAUUCGAUUUAUUUCUAUGCAUCGUACGUGUUUAAGGAGGCUGGGAUAUCAGAGGAUCAAAUCCAGUAUGCAACAAUUGGUACUGGGACAUGUGAAUUCACAGCCUGCAUCAUGUGUAACCUGCUGGUUGAGCGUAAAGGUCGGAGGUUCAUGCUGAUGGGAGGCUUCAUCCUCAUGACGGUUUGGGCCGUCAUCUUCACAGUUGCUCUCUCGUUUCAGAGUUAUAUUUCUUGGAUGCCUUACCUGAAUAUGACCUGCAUCUUCACAUACAUUCUCAGCUUUGGAAUGGGACCAGCUGGAGUUACCGGGAUUCUCCCCACAGAAAUCUUCAACCAGACGGCUCGGCCGGCGGCCUACAUGAUCGCCGGCUCCAUGAUGUGGCUCAACCUGUUCUUUGUUGGAAUGAUAUUUCCGUUCAUCAUGAGCGGCUUGAGCGAUUACUGCUUUGUGCCUUUCGGAGCGUCCUGCCUCUUAUCUGCACUCUUCGUGGGAUUCUUCCUGCCUGAGACGAAAGGGAAGUCUCUGUCCGUCAUCACCAGUGAAUUCCACAAGCUCAACUUCAGAGGCGCCGCAGACGGAGGUUUCAAACCGCAGCAUCAGUCCCAGUAUCACCAGGGCAAAGUCUGCCUUUCAACAGCUCUGUAGAGGAACUCCGUCGUUCCCUUCAGCUUUGAUCUUCAUCCCAGGAUGGAAACGUCCAACAGUUUCUCUCAUGUCGGCGAGAGAUUUACUCCUUUAUCAGGAGUGUGUUCAUGCAUGUAUUGACAUGUGCAUUUUUAUCUUAACUUCUU